GGAAGCUCGCUAUAUAAAGUACUUCUACUGCAAGACUUGUCAAGGAAAAAACCCUCUACUUAAAAUUAAAUAUAGAAAGUCUAAAAAGAAAGAAGAGAAAGAUAAAGAGAGAAAACGGCUAAAAGAAAAAAUUAAAAAGAAGAAGUUGAAAGCAAAGAAAGAAUCAAAGCAAAUUCCACCUGUUCAAAAGUCGUUUUCCGCUCCAAACCUGCAGGAAAAAGGAGGCAAAUAUGAAAAAGAUGAAGCAUGGACUCCUAAAGCUCCAAUCCGAAAAACCUCCGUUCAUGAAGUUCAACCUUUGAUAAAAAUCCAUUCCUCCGAAGAUGAACCCGAUUUGUCUCCGGAGCGAACUUUGUUUAAAAAAGAGUUUGAUCCUUAUUCUGUAGACCCUGAUGCAGAUAAUAUGAAGCUGAACUUGAAUGGGUGUGGAAAAUGUGAAAAUUGCCAAAGGAAAGCAGAUUGUGGGAUGUGUGAUACUUGUUUUGAUCGGAGUAAGUACGGUUCUCAAAGCAAAGCACAGAAGUGUCGACUUCGAAGAUGUUUAGACGACAGAUUCAGUGGUAAUGUUAAGCAGAAACAAAGUAAAGAAUCUUUAAAAAGACAAGCUGAUCUUGCUUUCGAAGAAAAUCGAAAAAAGCACGAAAAGAAAAUAAAAAAGGAAAAAAAAGAGAAAAGAAAACAACAGUCAAUGUAUGCAACGGCGAAUGAAACGAAUGAGUUUGAUUACGACAUGAAGCGACAGUGUAUAGGACCCAGAUGCACCAAACCUGCGCUUGUAACAUCAAAGUAUUGCAGCCAUGAGUGUGGGAGACUGUUGGCUCGAAAUAGAUUGCUACAAAUUCUUCCACAAAGGAUACAGGAGUGGAACGGAACUCCCACAGUUGCCAAUGAUAACGGGAGGCAAGAGUUAGAUCGGAUCAGGAAGAGAAUGAUCAACGCAAGGACUGAACUCCAAGCACUGGAGCAGAAGUUUCAUCGUUUAGAGACGAUUAUAAGUACUGGGAGAAGUUUGACUGUGGUUGAAAAACUCGAUAAUGAUGAUGAAAGUGAGGGGGAGAUGGAUCAGUCAAUAUACUGUGUUGUGUGUGGGCAUUCUGUGAGCAUAAAGAAUGCUAUUAAGCAUAUGGACAAGUGCUACAUCAAGAUUGAAUCUCAAAUGUCAUUCGGUUCGGUUUACCCAACGAGAAUCGAAGGUUCCCAGAGACUGUUUUGUGAUGUUUACAACGAACAACAACAAACUUAUUGUAAGCGUUUACAAGUUCUCUGUCCUGAGCACACGAAAGAGCCAAAGGUUCCGGAGACAGAAGUGUGUGGAUGCCCAUUGACGUGUGAUAUCUAUGGCACUGAAUUGCCCACAAAACCAAAUCACUUUUGCCGGGCUGCAAAACGAAAAUGCACACGUCAUUUUAAAUGGGAGACAAUGUACAGGGCAGAGGUUGACCUGCAGAGGAUACGGCAAUGGUUGAAGAUUGAUGAAAUAUUUGAUGAAGAAAGAAGAAUUAAGACAGCUAUGUCCAACAGAGCAGGACUUGUCUCACUUCUUCUCCAUCAAACAACGGUACAUGACCCAAACUGCUUAGAUAUGAGGACCAAACCUACAGUUACCAAGAAACCUGCUUACAGACUCAUGAUAUAAACUUAUUUUUCAUACAUUUUUCAGUGUUGCAAUUUAUACCUGCGUUAAAAAGGUCGAACUUUCCGGGUAAAACAGUCGUAUGUGAAAUGUUUUGAAUUAAAACUUUGUUUCAUUGUUUA